AUGAGGUUAUUCGUCUGGCUUGCGGCCUGCGCGGUCUUCCCCUGUAUCUUCGCACUGUCGCCUCCCCACAUAGCUUGUCAGCUCAAAAAACCGUCCGGCCUUUCCCCUCUUGCGGGUUGUGCUCCUGGGACUCUCUUUGUGUCUGGAAAUGAUCCGCGCGCAGAUUUUCAGAGCGUUCAAGAGGCUAUCACAUCUCUCCCCGAGCGGGGCCCAGCUACGAUCCUUAUAGGUGCUGGUGAAUACCACGAGACAGUUAACAUCACCCGCCAGGAUCCUGUCACUUUACUGGGUCAACUGGACCCCGGCACCGCGUUUACCCCCGCAGGAAAUGCGUCGACGCGCAAUCUGGUUCAUAUCUGGAACAACCAGUUCGUGGUCAACGGAAUGGACGACGCACAGUCGGCAGUCCUGCUCGUCGCGCCGUCCUUCAACGCGUCUCUAAUCGGAGCUGGACCCACCGGCGCCCCUUUGCAGCCGCUAUUUGGUAACGUCGACUUCAAGGCGUACAACAUCGACUUCGAGAACCGUGCGGCCAACUUCUCUAUCUCCCAGGCCCUCGUGACGGAUAUCUCGUACGCAAACGCGUCAUUCUAUGGCUGCACGUUUGCGAGCUACCAGGACACAUGGUACACGGGCCGCAACGCGAGCACGUAUGUCAUGGACAGCAUCAUUUACGGGCAAACCGACUAUUUGUUUGGCUUCGGGACAGCGUGGUUUGAAAAGGUCACGCUCGCGAAUCGUGCUUGCGGCGGCGGCAUAGCCGCGUGGAAAGGCACAAACUUGACAGAUGCGCCGGACAACCGGUACGGCGCAUAUAUCUCAAACUCGAGGAUCAUCCGGUCCCCAGACGCGAAUGCGACCGCCGUCACUGACGGGAAGUGCUUUCUCGGGCGGCCCUGGAACGAUCUUGCGACCACGGUGUACCUGCGCACGUUCAUGGACGACAGCGUGGAAGCGGUCGGCUGGACCCCCUUCGACAGUGCACGGCCAGUGAUAAUGAACACGACAUUCUACGCAGAGUAUCAUUCCUACGGCCCCGGUGGGAACACGUCUGCAAGAAUACCGCUGGAGCAUGUGCUCACGGACGAGGAGGCGAGGGCCUUCACCGUCGACAAGGUCUUCCUUGGGUGGCCUCAAUGGAUCGAUUACGAGUAUGUUUCGUGA